AUGGCCUCGUCGUCCUCCUCCCCCGGCGGCCGCCCCGCCAGAUCCCUUGCGCCGCGGCCGCGGCCGGGGGCGGUGGCGUCUCUAAUCCCGGGUCUCCCGGACGACGUGGCGGCCGUCAUACUUUGCCUGCUCACGUUCCCCGACCAAUCCCGCCUCCGCGCCACCUCACGCGCGUGGCGGCUCCUCCUCUCCGCCCCGACGCUUCUCCUGCUCCGCCGCCGCCUCCGUCUCCCUUCCCGCCACCUCCUAUGCCUCUUCCCCGACGACCCAACGCUCGCCUCUCCCAUCCUGCUCGACCCCACCGCCCCCACCGCCUGGCGGCCUCUCCCGCCGAUCCCUUGCUCGCCGCACCUAUACUCCCUCGCCAAUUUCGCUGCGCUCGCCGUCGGGAGCCACCUCUACGUUCUCGGAGGCUCUCACUUCGACGCCCGGAGUUAUCCCCUCGGUUACCCUUCAGCCUCCGCCGCCGCCUACCGACUCAACCUCGCUCUCUCCCCCCACCGCUGGGAGCGCCUCCCCAAUAUGCACGUCCCCCGCGGGAGCUUUGCCUGCGCACCCGCGCCUGCCGGCGGGAUCAUCGUCGCCGGGGGUGGGUCCAGACACCCCACGCUCCCCUCCUACGGCAGCCGCAUAAACAACACGGAGUGGUACGACGCCGCCACCAAUACAUGGCACAUCGUCACGCCGAUGCUCCGGGAGAGGGCCGGCUGCGUCGGAUUCGUGGCGCGCGGGGGAGGAGAUGGAGAUGGGAGGGAGGAUGAGCUCUGGGUCAUGGGCGGCUACGACGGGUAUACCACAGUGGGUGGAGUGGUGCCCAACGACCUCUACUGCCGGGAUGCUGUGGCGCUCGGACUGUGGAGCGGGAGGUGGAGGGAGAUUGGAGAUAUGUGGGUGGAAGGUGAGAGAAUUCGUCUCGGGCCCAUGGCCACCAUUUCUGCCGAUGAUGGAAGGGUUACACAGGUGUUCAUGCUCGACGGACACAAUAUCUUCAGGUAUCACUUUGCUUCAAACAGGUGGUUGAAGGAGGCUACCUUGAGGAGAAAGAUCCCGAACACUGAGUUGUGUGGUUUCGUAUCAUUGAACGGUGAACUGAACGUGAUUAGAUCUGCCAACGUUCCCAUCAAAAUUUCCCAUCCACGCAGGCUGUUGAAAAAGGGGCGGGCUCUGGAGUUUCAGGUGUACAACCCUGUGUCAAGGAAAUGGAGAGUGUUCAUCACACAAGCUCCGGUCAGUGAAUCAUUUGAUUGCAGAUCUGCAGCUCUUUGUACAGUUGAGUUGUAGAACUGUUGGUGCUCACCAUUUACUAUACACUACUUCCCAUUCCAAAAUGUAAGCCUUUUUUAGAAAGCUUUCGGAAUGGAGGCAAAUAGAAGAUUCCGAUAACGGGCCAACAAUUGAUCAAAUUUUAGAUGUAAAUGACGACAACUUCUAAUGAUGUCGGUGAAUAGCUGAAGGCUGCUGUGAGUAAUUUGCAUUGUAACCUGUAUAUACGUUUGUGGAAAUAAUACUGAACGGCACAUUACAAAUCA